AUGGCGCCGCGCAAAAAGAACCCCGCCAUCAAGUCGAGCGGAUCCACAUCCUCCAAGGCCGCCCCGCUCCCAGACUGGGUGAAAGGAAACGCCCCCAAACCACCACCCUCCUACACGAAAGCAGGAAGGGAGGCAGCUGCCGCAGCAGCCGCUGCAAAGUCGACGUCGACACCACCGCCAGGGAAAACCAGCGCCGCCGCGUCCUCAUCCACACCACCCACCGCUGCCGCCCCUGCAGAUGCCAAACCCACCAGCGCAGGCCCGGCUUCCUCGGCGGCCCAACAGCAGCCACGCGAGAUGCUCUUCCCGCCGGGCAGCAAGACGCCGCUCAACAUGCUCUACGAGCGCAUCCAGAAGCUGCCGGGCUGGGAAAAGCCCAUCGUCGAACCGCGCCGCCACCCCAACGGCUACUCGUGCGUCGUCACCUUGAAAAAGGCCAACAAGCAAGACGCCUCCAACCCGCACACCGUACGCUUCGAGCCAAAGGAGCCCGGCCUCCGGCUCGACUGCCAGUCCAGCCUCGAGGCAAAGCACUGGGGCGCGACCUACGCCCUCUUCCGCAUCUUCAACAACCUCUCCCUCAACCGCGCGCUGCCGCCCGGCCCGCGCGAGUACUGGCAGCAGCUCGAGGCCUACAAGAAGCAGGCACCCAGCCACCAGGACUGGAUGUGGGAGGCCGAUCCCUUCGACGCACAGAUCAAGCGCGAGGCUGAAAAAGCCAAAAAGGAGCGGGAGCGCGAGGCGGCGCAGCAGGCCGCCGCAUCCGGGCGCAACGAAAUCAUCAACGGCAAGCUCAACGGAACCGGCCGAUCCCUCAGCAAGGCGUGGCAGGAGGCAAAGGAGGUGCGCAUGGGUAGCAGCCUACGCGAGAAGGUCGAGAACACGAUACGCAGGCUCAUGACAGUCUUCCCCGAGGCCUGCACGGCCCCCCUCAACCUCGACGACGACGAAAGCCCGGCGGAAGGGCCAUCGCGCGGCGGCGAGAGUGCAAAGCCCAUCGCCGUCGAUGUGGCUGGCCUCGAGAGGGAGCUGGUCUCGCUCGGCUUCCGACCGGGUCACGCCCGCAGCGCAGCCAGCUGGCUCGCAUCGGCACGCAAGGCCAUCGCCACCGCCGCCGCGUCGUCCUCGGCGCUCCCAGACCCGUUGCUGGCGUCGGCAGCAUCGCUGGGCGACCGCGAGGCCGCCAUCGAGUACCUGAUGCUCUAUACGCCCGAGGACGACCUGCCGACCAGCUUCAAACCGAGCAAGGCUUCGGAGAGCUUCAUCACGUCCGCCUCGGCAGGUUCUGGCAGUGAAGGCCUCGCCAUCACCUGGGCCAUCGAUCGGCUCGUCAAGGUCGGCGGCUACCCGAGAGAGGCCGUCGAGCGCGUCUUCCGGGCCAUCCUGUCGGCAGAGAAGACCUCGUCGCAGCAGCUGCCCCGCCAGGCACGCGAAGGUCUCGCGCUUGAUAUGCUCAACCGCCAGAUGGCAGGCUGGGAUCAGGCGGAUGUCGAGCCGCAAUGGAGCUCCAGCAGCGCGCUCCGACAUGCUCUCGAAGACUUCCCAGCCCUCUCUCACGACGACCAGGCCGAGAUCCAGAGCAAGAGGGACGACGAGCGCAUGGCAGUCGAAGCCGUGCUAGGCCCGGAAAGGAUCGCGGAGCUGGCAGACAACGAGAGGACAGCGCCCGGCGAGUACGACAUCUUCAUCGCCGGGCCGAAGACGCACGUCGGGGGCAAGGAAGACGUUCGGCUGCGGAUCAAAACUCACCCGCACGAUGCCUAUCCGCGGCCUUUCGAGGCGGGCAGCGGCCGCUUGAUAGCCCUGCCGAGCUUUUUUGUGGCCUCCUCGACGCUGCCGUCCUAUCUCCGGCUGGCCUUGACGCUCCACCUCCUAGAGGGCAUCAAGGACACCGCGCAGCGUCCCGACUGGCAGGAGAUGGUCAUCUCCGGAGAAGGUGGCGUCGUGCUCGCCCUCGUCGAGGAGCUCGAGGUCGCUUGGAUGGCCACGGUCGACGACCCGCCGCUCCUGAGCAAGGUGAUGCAGCAUCUCGUACCGUCAAAGUCGGUCCAGGCCUCUGCGGUGGCCACUCCCGACUCGUCGCGGCCCGGCACGCCGUCGGCCAAGCAGUCUGCCCGAGGAGCGCGUGGCGGUCCGGGCGCCAACGGCAAGAGGGGAGGGCGGGCGCUUCAGAGGUCUCCCGAGGUCGAUGAGCGACUCAAGGACCAGCAGAAGAGGCUGCACGAGUCGGCCGUCUUUGCCAAGAUGGGCGCCGUGCGGCGCUCGCUGCCCGCCCACGCCGCCAUGGGCGACGUGCUGUCGAUGAUCUCUCGCAACCGGGUCAUCAUCAUUGCCGGGGAGACGGGAUGUGGCAAGACGACGCAGGUGCCGCAGUUUAUCCUCGACGAGGCCAUCUCGAGCGGCCAGGGCAGCGAGUGCAACAUUGUCGUGACCCAGCCGCGCAGGGUCAGCGCCAUGGGCGUUGCGGCCAGGGUGGCCGUGGAGCGGGGCGAGGAUCUUGGCGGCAAGGCGAGCAGCGUGGCGCCCGACUCGCUCGUCGGCUAUGCGAUCCGUGGCGAGAGGCGGGCGAGCAAGAACUGCCGGCUGCUCUUCAGCACCACCGGUGUCCUGCUGCGAAGGCUGGGCGCCGGCGGAGACAAGGACCUCUCGGGCAUCUCGCACGUCAUCGUCGACGAGGUGCACGAACGCAGCGUCGACUCGGACUUUUUGCUCCUCGAGCUUCGCGAGGUGCUCAAGCGCAACCCCAAGAUCAAGGUGGUGCUGAUGAGUGCCACAAUCAACCAAGAGACGUUCGCCGACUACUUUGCCGGCGCACCCUGCCUCGAGAUCCCUGGACGCACCUUCCCCGUCACGGACCACUACCUCGAGGACAUUGUGCGCGACAGCGGCUUCCGACCUUCUCCCGCCGACUCGCGGUCUUUCCGCCAGCAGGAGGGCAAGCGCGGCGAGCAGGCCGGCUCCGCCCUGCGCAGCCAGCUCGAGGACCAGGGCAUGGACGAGGACCACAUCCAGGCGCUCGAGGCGCUGAGCCGGUCGGAGAGGAUCAACUACGACCUGGUCGGCGCGACGGCCAGGUACGUCAUCGAGCGAGCCGAGAAGCAAGAGGCCGGCGGUCAGGUCGAAAGGGGCGUCGGAGGGGCCAUCCUGGUCUUUUGCCCCGGUGUGGGCGAGAUCCGCCAGGCGAUGGACUCGAUCCGGUCCGCGGUCCGAGGAGCCGUCGACAUCAUGCCGCUGCACGCCAACCUGUCGCCGGACGAGCAGCGGCGCGUCUUCCUGCCGCCGCGCGCCGGGCACCGCAAAAUUGUUGUGUCGACCAACGUGGCCGAGACGUCGAUCACGAUCCCAGACAUUUCGUACGUGAUCGACACGGGCCGUGUCAAGGAGACGCGGUUCGAGCCAGAGUCGAGCCUGACGCGCCUGGUCGAGUGCUGGGCGUCGCGCGCGGCGUGCCGCCAGCGUCGUGGCCGAGCCGGACGUGUGCGCGCGGGCGAGUGCUUCCGGCUGUACACGAGACUGACCGAGGAGUGCAAGAUGGCGCCGCAGCAGACGCCCGAGAUGCGACGGGUGCCGCUCGAGAGCCUGUUCCUCGAGGUCAAGUCGAUGCGCGAGGACGAGGACGUCAAGCACUACCUCGGCAAGGCCAUCGAUCCGCCGAGCGUGGCGUCGAUGGACACGGCGCUCAAGACGCUCAUCGAGGUGGGCGCGCUGCAGGCCGGCGGUGGGUUCAAGAGCCGGCUGACGCCGCUGGGACGCCACCUGGCGCAGCUGCCGCUCGACCUGCGCCUGGGCAAGCUGCUCAUCCUGGGCACCGUGUUUGGCUGCCUUGGUCCGAUGCUGACGGUGGCGAGCGUCAUGUCGUGCAAGCCGCUGUUCAAUGCGCCGUUUGACAAGCGAGCCGAGAUGAGCAAGGCGCGUGCGGCGUUUGCCAUGGAUGGCUGCAAGAGCGACCUGCUCACCGACGCCAACGCCUGGCACCAGUGGAACCAGAUGCGGAUCGACAAGAGGCCCAACAGCGAGAUGCGCGCCUUUUGCGAAGAUAACUUCCUGUCGCCCUCUACGCUGCGAGACAUCCUGGCGACGCGGCACGACCUGCUCUCGCACCUGCAGGAGCUCAACUUUGUCGCCGCCGACUACAAGGCCAACGCGCCCUCGAGCGCCGCGGUGCACGCACACGACGCGCACUCGACCAACGGCGGGAUGCUGCGGUCGCUCAUCAUGGCGGGGCUGUGGCCGUCGGUGGUGCGGAUCGCGCUGCCAUCGGCCAAGUUUGACCAAGGGUCGAGUGGCACGAUCCAGCGCGACGCCGAGGCCAAGGCGGUCAAGUACUUUGACCCGGCCCAGGGCCGCGUGUUCCUCUUCCCCGGCAGCACGCUGUUUGAGGCCAACAGCUUUGCGUCGAGCUACCUCGCCGUGUUCAAGAGGAGCGCCACGGAUGGCGGCGGUGGCAAGGGGCCGAGCGCGGCGGGCGGCAAGGUGUACCUGCGGGAUGCGACCGAGUCGCCGGUGUACGCGCUGCUGCUGUUCGGCGGCCGCCUCAAGGUGCACCACUACGCCGGGGGCAUCUCGAUUGGGUCGGUGGAUGGACCGGGCGACGCCGAGGGGUUCGUCAAGCUGCGGGCCAAUGCGCGGAUCGGGGUGCUGUGCGCGCAGCUGCGGCGGCUGGUGGACGCCAUCCUGGCCGAGUCGGUCGAGAAUCCGGGCAAGGUGCUCGAGGGCGAGGCCAAGGAGGUGGUCGAGUGUAUCGUCGCCCUCGUCGAGAGGGACGGCAUCUAG